AUGAAGCCGACGAUUCGCCUCCUGGCUUGGACCGGUGCACAUCAACGGCCUUAUCUACAGGAGACAAGCGACGUUCUGAAGAUCUUCCUCGAGAGCGUUAUUUGCGAUGUCAUCACAGACGGUGAGUUCAUAAAGUCGCCGGAGAUUGAUGGGCGGCCGCCUGUCAGUGGGAGAAUGCGGCGGCCGGCUCCGCCGCCGGCCUCGCAACGGUCAACUUCACUCACCCACUUGAUGUCAUCCGAACACGAUUCCAAGGAUGUCGGGUUGAAAGGACUCACGAGCAAGCGGCACAUGAAAAUAGUGAUGAGAUGGAUGCGGGAGAGGCAAAAACUACCGCAAAUAUGCAACCAUGUGGGGCCCAACAAGCAAUUUCUGUAUGCGACAUGGUUCACAAAACCUGAUGUGAAGCAAACAAGGCCCGGAACUGGACAUGGACCAAGUUCUUGA